AUGGAUUCAAGGAAUCCAUUGAAUCCCUAUAGUGAGUCCCCUAGUUAUAGCUAUCUUCUCCAUAGCCAAAACUUUCAGUAUGGAAGUUAUCCUUCUACUCAGUAUCCAUCCGAGAUACCUCCUUAUAGUUCACAACAACCUGACGGUCCACCUAAACGUGAAGACCCAGCACUUGCCUCUAAGGAGAGAAGGCAAUGGACUCCAGCUGAUGACGAGGUCGUCAUAAGUGCUUGGCUCAACACAUCUAAGGAUGCAGUGGUUGGGAAUGAACAAAAAUCAGGGACGUUCUGGAAACGUGUUGCUGAGUACUAUGAAUCUACUCCACAUGCUAAAGAGAGUGCGGAGAGACAGAUAACUUCUGGUCAGAGCGAGACUGACGUCCUCAAGAUGGCUUAUGAUAUCUACUACGCUGAUCACAAGAGAAAAUUCAAUCUUGAGUAUGCGUGGUGCGUGUUGAGGUUUGAGCAGAAAUGGCUCAUGACCUCAAGCACCACUGUUGGUGAUGAAGAGGUCCGGCCUGAAGGUGUCAAAGCGGCUAAAGCAAGAAGGAAGGUGGGUCAAGGAAAGUCUCUUGCUGAUGUUACUACUGUGAUGGAGAUGAAAGAGAGACUGUCAAAGCUUGCCAUUUUAGACACACUGUUAGCCAAGACAGGACCACUAAGCAAGGCUGAAGAGAUUGUCAAGAACAAGCUGUUCGCUCAGUAUUUCUGA